AUGGAUGGGCUGGGCAAUUUGUCAAGGUGCACAAUGCACGACUUGAUGCAUGACCUAGCUGGCCGGAUAGCUGGAGAAAAGAUCAUAGUAACCUCAAGUUUAACGAUUCUAAAAAAUAUUCCGUCAAAGACCCGUCACUUGUUCGUAACGGCUGGUGGUGAUGAUGAUCAGAGAGAAGACGAUCAUGGUGGUGAUGGUCUGGGAAAUAAAAGCAAGGUGCGAACUCUUAUAUGCGGCGAGGCUCUUACAAGCAAGGAAGUUCAACAAGUCAUUAACAACUUCAUACGCUUGCGCGUACUAAGAUUUGAAUGCGAAGAUCGAGACUCAAACGAUGAGGACAGUGAUUUUUAUAAGUUGAAGCAUUUAAGAUUGCUUUAUUUCAGUUGCAAGGGAAGGAAAGGACUUCCAAACUCAAUUAGCAACUUGGUUAAUCUACAAGUUCUGGAACUCAUUGACAUCGGGUCACUAAAAGAACUACCAAAGGGUAUUGAGAAGCUUGUUAAUUUGAAGCAUUUGGAGCUCUUAGCAGAGGAAGCAGGAGAUAUAACCCAUAUGCCAAAAGGGAUUGGGAAGUUGAAGUUUCUCCAAACGCUACCAAUUUUUAAUGGCAAUACAGUUGGGGCUGAGUUGGAUGAGCUGAAAGGGUUAAAUGCAUUGUGUGGAGAAUUGACUAUUAAAGGCCUGGCAAAUGCCGAAUCUCCAAGAACAGGUGUUUAUGUUUUGAAUGAAAAACUACAUCUCCAGUCACUUGUUUUAGAUUGGAGCAGAGAUGAUGACAUUGGCGACGAUGUUCAUGAUGUUACUUCCUUGUCUAUUCAUGAUGAAGGGAUAUUGGAAAUGCUGAAGCCACACUUUAAUCUGAAGAAGUUGGCGAUACAAAGAGGUUAUGGAGGGGUGAAGAUUCCUAACUGGUUGUCUGGCCUCACCAAUUUGGUUGAGUUCUCGUUACUACAUUGCAUGCAAUGUGAGUACCUCCCCCCGCAAAUUCAUAAAAUGUCAAGUCUGAAGAAGCUUAUAAUUAGAAAUUGCCCGCUGUUGAAGGGCAUCGAGCAAGAGGAUAGCGAGUGGCCUCGGUUUCGUUUUCUAGCCGACUUGCGCAUUCAGAGUUGCCCAAGGCUAACUCGGUUGCCCACUUUCCCUACCGUUGAAGGCGAGUUGGAGUUGGUUGCGCUGAGCUUAGCACCAUUAGCUAGGACUAUGAAGAUGAAGUCUUCUUCGGCAUUGGUCCACCCACUCUCUGAGCUCACUAAGUUGACCUUAGAGAAAAUUGAUGACGAUCUCGAAUCCCUAUCACAUCAUGAUUCGAGUAUUUGUCUCGUAUCUCUUCAGAAGUUGAGAAUUGGGGACUGUCGUCGAGGGGUAAAGAUUCCUAGUUCGUUGUGUUCCAGUGCAAGCUUGACGAAGAUUCACUUAGAAGAAUGUGAGAUGGUAGAGUACCUGCCACCCCUACAUGGACUUCCAUCCUUGAAAGAGCUAACUAUUUGGCACUGUCCGAAUCUGAAGGGAUGUUGGUGGAAGAAAAAGGAAAGGGAAGAUGAGGAGUGGCCCCGUUUCCCUUGUCUUUUGGAAUUGGCUAUUGGGUUUUGUCCAAACCUGACUCGGAUCCCUCUGUUUCCAACGGUUGAAAGGUUGAAGCUGAUGCUAACCAGCUCAAAGGCGCUAGUGCGGACAAUGAAGAUGCAAAGGACUGCGCUGGAUAGGCCGCUAUCUAACUUGGAAGAGUUGAAACUUUUUGGAAUGGAUGAUCUGGAAUUUCUACCAGAAGAAGGCCUCUGCAACCUCACUUCUCUCCGUCAUUUGAAGAUUUAUUUUUGUCCAAAAUUAGCAACUCUGCCUCCAGCAAUGCGACACCUCACCUCUUUACGCAGAUUGGAAAUUUAUGGGUGUCAUCAAUUGACAAUAAGAUGCCGAAAGGGUGAAGGCGAAGACUGGCCCAACAUUUCCCAUAUCCCUGUGAUAAUACUGGACGGCAUUUAUCUCCAAGGUUAA